CUUGAGCGCCAACCGGAAAGAACAAGUUACCUGGAGUCCGACUGCUUUGAGUGCAACACAUUCAAAAUCAGCCUAUAAGUACUUAAGACCCGGCUCUCAUUCUGCUGCUACUACAUCUCGGCCCUACUUCUUCAUCCACCUCAACAAGUCCUUCAUCAUUGUCAUGGGCAGACCCAUUCCUUCAUCUUCGCAGAAUAGUCUUACUGUUCGCGACAACCGUACCGGCAAGAGCAUUGAAAUUGCCAUUGAAGACAAUAGCAUUCCAGCAACCGCAUUCAAAGCACUAUCCGCAGCUCCAGAGAAAGGCGAAAGGGAAGAGAAUGAAACGGACAAAGGAUUGAGGGUUUCUGACAAGGGAUUCUUGAACACCGCUGUAAUGCGGAGCCAAAUCACUUAUAUUGAUGGAGAGGCUGGAGUCCUUCGAUACAGAGGAUACCCCAUUGAGGAACUGGCCGUGCAUUCCUCUCAUCUUGAAACUGCUUACCUUCUCAUAUACGGCUCUCUUCCGACUUCAUCUCAGCUCGAAGUAUGGGAGAGCGAGGUUAUGCACCAUGGCGUCGUACACGCCGAUGCUGAGCAGUUCUUCCGGUCAUUUAGGUACGAUGCCCAUCCAAUGGCAAUACUUACCAGCGCAUUCGCAUACCUCGGGUCGUAUUACAGCGAGGCAAAUCCCUCAUUGCAAGGUCAAACUCUGUUCACUCAGGGAAGUCCAGAAUCACUAGCUGUAAUGGACAAGCAGAUAUACAGGUUGAUCGGGAAAGCUACCACACUCGCUGCAAUGGCAUAUCGAGUCCGGCAAGGCAGAAGUUUUGUCACACCGCCCACUGGGUUCAGCUAUACGGGCUCUUUCCUGUAUCAAAUGGACCAUCUAGGCGAGGAAAACUACAAACCAAAUCCUGUUCUGGAAAAGGCCCUGGAUGUCCUGUUCUUGCUACAUGCUGAUCACGAGCUGAAUGCCUCCGCAACGACGGUGUUGCAAACCGGAAGUUCACUUGUGGACCCGUACUCUGCGAUAGCCGCUGGUUGCGCGUCUUUGUACGGUCCAUUGCAUGGAGGAGCGAAUGAAGCUGUCAUUCGUAUGCUCAUCUCCAUUGGCAGUCCCGCGAAUGUUCCUGCUUUCAUUGAAGCGGUCAAGAAGCGGGAAAAGGUUCUUUCAGGAUUUGGACACCGGGUAUACAAAACCUCGGACCCAAGGUCGUUCAUUGUGAGGAAGACUGCUGACGAGGUUUUUAAAGUAACUGGCAAAGAUGAACUACUGGAGACUGCAAUGGCUCUCCAUGAGGCUGCUAUGAAGGAUGAGUAUUUUAUUAAGCGUAAGCUGGCACCCAACGUCGACUUCUGCAGUGGCCUCAUUUAUCGGGCUAUGGGUUUUCCUCUCGAUUUCUUUCCAGUGCUGUUUGCUGUACCCCGUGUAGUGGGAUGGUUAGCACACUGGCGGCAGAUGAUGCUUCAGCCUGGCGGUGUCAAGAUCUGGCGGCCACGACAAAUCUACGUCGGUGCAAGCAAGAGAGAAUAUGUAGCAGUCGAAGAGCGCAGUCCGGUGGAGGGACUUCAGAAGACACCUUCUCAAAUAUCGCAUUCUGGAAUCAGUAAACGGACGAUGAUUGCAACGUUCAAGGGUUCAAAGCUGUGACUUUGGAGUACAUACCUACCUCUCAACCUCACGAAGGGCAUGAGGGAAGUUGUAUUUUCUGAGGAUUUUAUGUAUUAAAUAUGGUAAAUAGAUGAUAUAAAAAAUGAUCUGUAACUCGUGGUGAC